GUCGCCUGCAGCCCGGCCGCCGCAGCCGGGCUCGGCGCCGGGCUGCCUACAACUCCCGGCACGCCGGCGAGGCCCGCCUGCUUCCUGCCCGCCGGCGGAGAUAUAAACAGCAGCAUCUCUCGCAGAGUCUGCGGGGCUCGGCUGGUGCCGCUGGAUGGGCUGGCCAGGGAGCAGGGACAGCGCACGCCAGACUUGCUGUUGGUGGAAGCUGAGCGGGGAAGAUGGCAGAGCCUGAAAGCACGGUCCUGAACACAGACGUGAAACAGAAAGACCCCAGUGAGGCGCUGGUCAUCGCAGUGACAACCAGGGCCAUCUUCAACCUCGAGGAAGAGCAUGCACUCUUCCUGGCCAAGGGCAAGGAUGAGUACGUGAGGCACCAGCAGGCCAACCAGAACAAGCCUCUGCCACCGGGUACGGCCUUUGCCUUCAUCCAGGCAGUGCAGCAUGUGAACAAGCAGCUUCUGGCGAGCAAUCCAACAGAGCGGGACCUCUUUGACGUCAUCGUGCUCUCCAACAACAGUCCCGAGAGCAGCACGCGCAUCAUCAACAGUGCCAAGCACUAUGGUUUGGAGAUCUCCAAGUUCUGCUUUGUCAGCGAUGAGGACUCCACACAGUACCUGAAAUCCCACCAGGUGAAGCUCUUCCUCUCAGCCGACAGGACGGAUGUUUGCAACGCCCUCCGCAGAGGAGUUUCUGCAGCACUUGUCUUCCAGCAAGACAUACAGACCCCCAGCACCCAGCUGCGUGUGGUGUUCGAUGGAGAUGCCGUGCUCUUCUCAGAUGAGACAGACCAGGUCUUUCGGGAGAAGGGGCUGGAGGGAGCUGUGCAGUACGAGAGGGCCAUGGAGGCUGUGCCCAUGGGAGAGGGUCCUCUGAAGGCUUUUGCCAUGCACCUUGGGAAGAUGCGAAAGAAGUUUGGCCAAGAGAAAUCCCCCAUCCGCACCUAUCUGGUGACAGCCCGUAGUGGCCGGGACAUGGGCAUCCGAGCCAUUAAGACACUUCGGGAAUGGGGGUUGGCCAUUGACGAAGCCUUCUUCAUGGACGGGGCUCCCAAGGGCCCUAUCCUCACCCAGAUCCAGCCCCACAUCUUCUUUGAUGAUGGCCUUCACAACAUCCAGGGGGCUCAAGAAGUGGGUGUACCCUCUGCCUGGGUCCCCUCACAGUGCUGACGGGCUAGGCACCAAGGGUCAGUCCUCCCUCUCAGCAGCGUAUGGGAUUGGGUCAUUUCAAGGCAAAACUUCUGGCAGGAAGGGAAAAAUGUCCUGCAGCAAGCAAACCUCAGGGAAAGGGGAAGAGAGCAUUGCAUGAGAGUGCCAGCUACCAAACAAGGCUUUAUGUUCAUUUCUGAUCCUGAGACAAGGUCCAUGUGAUCCUGGGAUGAAGCCAACAAAAAUGCAAAUCCUCCAGGAGGGAAGGAUACCUUUGUUGUGGCACCAAGGCCUGCCACCUUCCUGCCCUGUAGAUCCUGGGAGCUUUUCUGUUCUGCAAACAGAAGCAAGGAAGCUAUCUCAGACACAGUCUCCUAGAUUUACUCUCUGGCACUCUGGCCAGCAUGAGCCUUUGAUACCCUGCCUCAGCUGAACAUGCUCCUCAGCUUGGUUUCCUCAGGAAGUAAGGCUGGUGUGUGACUGAGUCCUUCUAGCAGCUCUCUGCUAAUCACAAAGCAGAGUUCUGCCCAGCUCCAACCAAACCUGGCAGAGGCAGUGUGACCUUGAAGGUAUGAGAGUCCUAGAAAAUUUUGUGAACAUGGAUGACAGCACUGAGAAAAGAAACCUCAAUCUCAAUCAAAAAAACCCCCACAAACAAGAGACUACAGAAUGGAUCACCUUCUCUUGGGGUCACAGGUACAACACCCUUAGGAGACCCAGGUCUGUAAAACACUCAGCUCCUGGGGCAUCCUGUUUUCAAAGGCAAUGCUCUUCCCUACCUGCAUGUUUUCAGGCCAGUCCUGAGAGGUGCUGAAUCAUGAGGAAGCAUACGCAGGUCCUAGUCCUUUCCACGGAUGUGAGCAGUAGCCACCAGGGGACAGUAUGCUGCACUGCUGCUGCAGCCCAGCCAUCACCACAGCCCCAGAGCUGCAGGGGACAGAAGUCACCAACCCAGGGCCUCUUCUUACAGGGGAGCAAGCAAGAAAAAUGAGUGUGCCUUCUAAGAGCCUGCUGAAAAUAAGCCUCCUGGGGGGCUCCCCUGGUGUCCCCCAGUGCAGGUCUGCCUUGCUAAAAUGGUUGCUGGCUUCCCAGUCCUGAUGACACUAGAAGUUCACUACCAGCAUGAUAUUUUACAGCUUUUUUGCAAAAUUGUGAAAUGCAAAUUUUCUGGUAGACCUCAGAGAAAUAGAGAUCUCUGAAAUUUUUUAUUGCAUUUGGUUGAAACUCAGCAGAUUUCAUGAAACUGAAAUCGCAGCAUGAAAAAACAUUCAGUUGAAAAAUAGCUGGUUGGCUAUAAUGACUGGCAGUACUGAUAUCACUGACUGGCCCAGUAAAUCCUACCUGCUCCAGUGUUAUCCAGUGUUAUCUCAGUGAAUCUCUGAGAUCACCUUCACAGCCUCAUAGGUGCAAAAUUAUCUUAUUAUCUCUUGGGACACUUUUUAUUUUAUUUUAUUUUAUUUUUUAUUAUCUAAUCAUCCUGCUCUCAAACAUGCUAGUGGCUCAUGGGCUGCCCACGCCCUCUCUGUGCCACAGCCAUGGCUGUUUUACCCCAUCUGUGCCAAACCGAUUUGCCUAUCAUGUUUUAUUCUUAUUUAAAUAUUGGCCCUAGUUUUUCUCCCAGGAGAACCCAGCAGAUCCAAAAAGUUAUUAGCAAAGAUAAGAAUGGGAAGACUGAAUGGGGACAUGGAUGCAGGGGGGGUUGGCUAGAGCUGGUAAUUUAAAAAGUACUAACUAGCCUCUCUGGACAGGAAAAAGGUCUCCGCCUGGCUAAAGGUGACGCGUGAUAUACGUGCGCGACAGGACCCACCUGCCCACCUGCUUACAACUAGCAUGGGAACAUAAACCCAGGAAACUGCUAGCCCCAGCUACUGAAUGUGUUGGGGAAAGGGGAUGAAGGUGACAGUGUUUUUAUACAUCAGUAGGAUCAGAAAGCAAUUUUUAAAAUGGAUUUACAGGUGUCACUCUCACCGAUGCUUUUUCUUCCAAUAAAGAAAAAUAUAUGUAUGA